GCUCCCGGUAGUAUCACGGCUCUUUGGUUGUCUUUCAUGUCUGGUUCAUUCCUUAUAAACUGGUGACAGUCACAGGUUAAAAUGCUGGGAAUGAGUUUGCGGGAGGCAGCUGCUGUGCUGAGACUUGGACAAGUAAAACCUACUGAAUUGUGCCAGAAGUGUCUUUCUUUGAUCAAAGAAACAUCAUUCCUUAAUGCCUACAUAACUGUAACUGAAGACAUUGCCUUAAAGCAGGCAGCUGAAGCAGAUAAAAGAUUCGCCCAAGGCAAACCCUUGGGAGAAUUAGACGGAAUUCCUAUAGCAAUUAAGGACAACUUUAGCACAGCAGGAAUAGAGACAACAUGCGCAUCACGAAUGUUAAAAGGUUAUGUUGCUCCAUAUAAUGCUACAGUUGUUCAGAAAUUAUUUGAUCAAGGAGCUGUGCUUAUGGGAAAAACAAACCUGGAUGAGUUUGGUAUGAGUAUUUUUGUCUGUUCAGUAGCUUACUGUGCAUUUGCCCCCAAAAACCAAAUUGAUGUGAGUAAUUUCUUGUGUAUAGAAUACCAUGCCCCCGGUCUGUCUACAGAAAUCUUGUCACUUUGGUCAAAGACAGCAGACUUGUUGGAAAAAGCUGGAGCCAAGGUCAUGGAAGUUUCUUUGCCACAUACACCCUAUUCAAUUGUGUGUUAUCAUGUCCUGUGCACAGCUGAGGUGGCUUCUAACAUGGCUCGAUUUGAUGGCUUGGAAUAUGGGCACCGCUCUGAUAUUGAUGACUCAACAGAAGCAAUGUAUGCAGCAACCAGGAGAGAAGGCUUCAAUGAUGUUGUGAGAGGAAGAAUAUUGUCUGGAAACUACUUUCUUUUAAAGCAGAACUAUGAAAAGUAUUUUGUGAAGGCUCAGAAAGUUCGGCGCCUCAUAGCAGAUGAUUUUGUCAAGGUUUUUAACAGUGGCGUCCAUGUUUUGCUAACUCCAACUACGCUAGGAGAUGCCGCACCCUAUUUAGAGUUCAUCCAGGAAGACAACAGAACACGCAGCGCUGAAGAAGAUGUCUUCACUCAGUGUACCAACAUGGCUGGUCUCCCAGCUGUAACAGUCCCUGCAGGCCUUUCUAGUAGGGGAUUGCCGCUUGGCCUUCAGUUCAUCGGCCGUGCUUUCUGUGAGCGGCAGCUCCUUACAGUGGCCAAAUGGUGUGAAAAACAAAUGGACUUCUCUCCUUUACAGUUUAACAGAGACUUGGGAAAUGGGAGCAUUGUUCUGCAAUACAGUAAAUCUGCUUCCUUUGUGUAGGAAAAUAAAGCAACUCUUCAACCAAAGAUUUGUAGAUAACUUUUCAUGAGUUCAGUGUAGGGUACUGCUUGCUGGGCUCGUACACUGUGACUGGGGCCACACACUUGGGUUACAUGUACUGUGUCUAGCCACUUGAGAUGUUUAUAGUGCAUAUUUUUUUUUAUAAAAUGUAAUAAUAAAUGAUCAAUGUCGGGUUCAUA